UACCCACACUAACCUCCAUUCCCUUCCUUAAAACUGCAACUUCCCCGCCACUCAUCGCCACCAUUCUCCGCCAUGGAAGCCAGCGCAGGACUCGUCGCCGGUUCCCAUAAUCGAAACGAGCUCGUUGUCAUUCAAGGCCAUGAAGAGCGUAAGACAGUGAAGGAUUUGACCGGACAAGUUUGUGAGAUAUGUGGCGAUGAAGUAGGGCUUACCGUAGACGGCGAUCUCUUCGUCGCCUGCAACGAGUGUGGGUUUCCGGCGUGCCGGCCGUGCUAUGAAUACGAGAGAAGAGAAGGAACCCAGCUCUGCCCUCAAUGCAAGACCAGAUACAAACGUCUCAAAGGGAGUCCGAGGGUGGAGGGAGAUGACGAUGAGGAAGACGAUGAUGACAUCGAGCAAGAAUUCAAGAUUGACGACGAGAAAAACAGGAACAGAAACAUAGUAGAAACCAUACUCCAUGGCAAAAUGAGCUAUGGAAGAGGGCCGGAUAUUGAAGAUUCUGCGGCUUCACAGUACCCUCCUGUCAUCGCCGGCGUCCGUUCCCGUCCGGUGAGCGGGGAAUUCCCAAUCUCUAAUGGAGAUCAGAUGGUGGGGCACAAAAGAAUCCAUCCUUACCCAGUCAUGGAGCCAAGAUGGGAUAAUGAUGAUAAUAAGAAAGACAACUGGAAAGAGAGAAUGGAUGACUGGAAAAUGCAUCAGCAAGGCCACCUGGGACAGGAACAUGAUGACUUUGCUGAUACUGACAUGGCCAUAGUGGAUGAAGCAAGACAGCCAUUAUCAAGAAAGGUACCCAUUGCAUCAAGCAAGAUCAACCCUUACCGUAUGGUGAUCAUAGCCAGGCUGGUUAUCUUAGCUCUCUUCCUCCGCUACCGAAUCCUUAACCCAGUCCACGACGCCAUUGGUCUCUGGCUAACCUCCAUCGUCUGCGAGAUCUGGUUUGCCUUCUCAUGGAUCCUUGAUCAGUUCCCCAAAUGGUUCCCCAUCGACCGCGAAACCUACCUCGAUCGCCUCUCUUUCAGGUACGAGAAGGAAGGAGAACCAAACAUGUUAGCUCCAGUGGACAUCUUUGUGAGUACAGUGGAUCCAUUUAAGGAACCUCCUCUUGUCACGGCCAACACAAUCCUCUCAAUACUGGCAAUGGACUACCCAGUUGAUAAAAUCUCAUGCUAUAUAUCUGACGAUGGAGCUUCAAAUUGCACCUUUGAGGCUCUCUCAGAGACUGCAGAAUUUGCCCGGAAAUGGGUUCCCUUCUGCAAGAAGUUUGCCAUAGAGCCUCGAGCCCCAGAGAUGUACUUUUCCCAGAAAAUUGACUAUCUCAAGGAUAAAGUUCAGCCAACAUUCGUCAAAGAGAGACGAGCUAUGAAGAGAGAGUAUGAGGAGUUCAAGGUGAGAAUCAAUGCAAUGGUGGCAAAAGCCAGUAAAGUUCCUCCGGGAGGAUGGAUCAUGAAAGAUGGGACGCCAUGGCCAGGAAACAACACCAAGGAUCAUCCUGGAAUGAUCCAGGUUUUUCUUGGGCAGAGUGGAGGCACAGAUGUGGAAGGAAAUGAACUGCCUCGCCUGGUUUAUGUAUCUCGUGAGAAGAGGCCUGGGUUCCAACAUCACAAGAAAGCUGGUGCCAUGAAUGCCCUGGUUCGUGUGGCAGGAGUUCUUACCAAUGCUCCCUUCAUGCUUAACUUGGACUGCGACCAUUACAUAAACAACAGCAAAGCUGUGAGAGAAGCAAUGUGUUUCUUGAUGGACCAAACAACUGGUAGAAAAAUUUGUUAUGUCCAGUUUCCUCAAAGAUUUGAUGGUAUAGACAGACAUGACAGAUAUGCAAACAGAAACACUGUCUUCUUUGAUAUUAACAUGAAAGGGCUUGAUGGAAUACAAGGUCCAGUGUAUGUUGGCACAGGAUGUGUCUUCAGAAGACAGGCUUUAUAUGGAUAUGAUCCACCAAAACGUGCCAAGCGUCCGAAAAUGGUGACCUGUGACUGCUGCCCAUGUUUUGGACGCAAGAGGAAGCUUGACAAGUAUGCUAAACAUGGAGAUGGUGCAAAUGUUGAAGGAUUUGAUGAUGAUAAAGAGGCACUGAUGUCUGAGAUGAACUUUGAGAAGAAAUUUGGGCAAUCAGCCAUCUUUGUGACCUCAACUCUUAUGGUGGAUGGUGGUGUCCCACCUUCAUCCAGCCCAGCAGCUUUGCUCAAGGAAGCCAUUCAUGUCAUCAGCUGUGGCUAUGAAGACAAGACAGAAUGGGGACUUGAGUUAGGGUGGAUCUAUGGCUCGAUCACUGAGGAUAUCUUGACGGGGUUCAAAAUGCAUUGUCGAGGCUGGAGAUCUGUGUAUUGCAUGCCUAAACUGGCUGCAUUCAAAGGUUCAGCCCCCAUCAAUCUAUCAGAUCGUCUGAACCAAGUUCUGAGAUGGGCUCUGGGUUCAGUUGAGAUCUUUUUCAGCAGACAUAGCCCGGUUUGGUAUGGGUACAAGGGAGGAAAGCUCAAGUUUCUUGAAAGGUUUUCAUAUGUUAACACAACUGUGUACCCUUUCACCUCCCUUCCUCUCCUUGCCUACUGCACUCUCCCUGCCAUCUGCUUGCUCACAGGAAAAUUCAUAAUGCCAGAGAUAAGCACCCUGGCAAGUCUAUUCUUCAUUGCUCUCUUCCUCUCCAUCUUCGCCACGGGCAUUCUCGAGCUGCGGUGGAGCGGAGUGAGCAUCGAGGAAUGGUGGAGGAACGAGCAGUUCUGGGUCAUCGGCGGCGUAUCCGCGCACCUCUUCGCCGUCGUGCAAGGCCUUCUAAAGGUACUGGCCGGGAUCGACACGAAUUUCACCGUCACUUCCAAGGCGGUAGACGACGAGGAAUUUGGAGAACUAUACACCUUCAAAUGGACAACACUACUAAUCCCGCCCACAACCAUCCUGAUUAUCAACUUGGUUGGGGUUGUUGCUGGCAUCUCUGACGCCAUCAACAAUGGGUCGCAGUCGUGGGGCCCACUGUUCGGGAAACUGUUUUUUGCUUUCUGGGUCAUCGUACAUUUGUACCCGUUCCUCAAGGGGCUCAUGGGACGACAGAACAGAACUCCCACCAUUGUUGUCAUUUGGUCUGUUCUUCUGGCCUCCAUUUUCUCGUUGCUGUGGGUAAGGAUCGAUCCUUUUGUGCUCAAGACCAAGGGGCCUGAUGUGAAGCAAUGUGGGAUCAAUUGUUGAUGAAUUGAAUGAUUUGUGGAAUCAGGGUUUGAUCACAGAAUAAUAUAUGCAUCUGAUCUGCAUUGUAUUCAAUGUGUCAGCAAUGUGCAUGGACUUAGUUGUACAAGAAAAAAGUGUAUGAUUGCAGAUAUGUAAAGAUUUUUGUUUAGUGUAAACAUUGAACUCAAUUUUGCAUGUAUAAAUGUAAGAGUGGUUUUUAUGUGCAAACGGUACUCAAAGAGUUGGUUGUAUUCAUA